CAAAUAAGUGGAGUACUAUAUAUUUCCUUUAUCUUCAACCCUAACAUUCUUAUUAUUUCUUUACUUUCCCUAAUUAAUUAAAGCUAUCUAUCUGAAUCUGAUCGAUCUGGCUUUAAUUUUAGGGUUUCCAGGCAAUUUUCUUGGAAAUAAAAUCAAAGUAUCUAUCUAUCUGUAUAAAUUAAAGAAAGAAAGAAAGAAAGGGAAUUAUAUAUAUAUAUAUAUAUAUAUAUAUAUAUAUAUAUAUAUAUAUAUAUAUAUAUAUAUAUUUCNAGGGAAUUAUAUAUAUAUAUAUAUAUAUAUAUAUAUACUGUAUAAGAUCGAUAAUGGGGAGAGGGAGGGUGGAGAUGAAGAGAAUAGAGAACGGGACGAGGCGGCAAGUGACAUUCUCGAAGCGGAGAAAGGGACUGUUCAAGAAGGCUUCUGAGCUCUCUGUGCUUUGCGAUGCUCAAAUAGCUCUCAUCAUUUUCUCCCCACAGGGAAAGCUUUUUCACAUUGGAGAAAUAAUAGAGAGAUACCGUGAAAGCACAAAAGAAACUCGCAUCAGUAUUGAUAAUGCUCCUCCACAGUACAUCGAGCGCUUCAAACACGACAUAGCUAUGAUGUCAAAGCAGAUAGAGAUGCUCGAAAUCGCUCAACGGAAGCUUUUGGGGCAAGGUUUGGGAUCAUGUUCAUUAAAGGAACUUCAUGAAAUUGACCGUCAGCUGGAGAUGAGCCUCAUUAAUAUCAAGGCCAGAAAGGCUCAAGUGUACAUGGAGCAGAUUGAGAGCCUAAAAGCCAAGGAGAAAGAUCUGCUAGAAGAAAAUGCAACAUUGCGUGAGAAGUGUGGUGUGAGACAAAAUGAAGUAGUACUAGUGCCCGGAAAGCAAAAGGAGGAGAUAGAAAGGAAGAAGAAGAAGGAGAGGUGUAUGGAUUUGGUGGAAACAGAUUUGUUCAUUGGCCUUAUUCCUCCUUCCCGCUACGCUACAUACUCAUAGCUGCUAAUAACAACUCAUCUUUUUUAUUUGCAUUACGUACAUUUAUAGAUUAUUAUGAGUAUUAAUUACUCGUUUGAUUUAGAAUCAAUUUAAUUAGUCCAGCAUCCUUAAACUGUAAUUGUAAAUAUAGCGCACAUGUCCUUAAUUAUAAUAAGGCCUAGCUAUGAACAUUAUUAUACGUAAGCAAUUAAGCACAUUUUAAUUACCCAUAUGCAUGUUGAUGUAUUUGGAUCCGGCCGACUAAGGUUCUAUAUAUGCGUACAUGGGGAUAAUACAUCUUGUAUGUAUGCUUGGUAUAUAUCAAUAAAUCCUCUUAAAUAAAAUGCACUCUUUUCC